UAGUGGAGCUGAGACCAGUUUUUCAAGACGACUUCUUGGCCAGAGGAUACCUUUUCUAGACUUAUUUUACAAACAGGAAUCUGUUCGAAGUUAGAUUUAAGAGAUUUAUUUGCAUGUUCUGUUUUGUUUAGGUUUUUUUUGUUUGUUUGUUUAUGCCUUCUUAUCUACUGUUACUGUAGAACAAAAUAGUUCUUCCAAAAAUAGCAAAACGUUUUGAGGGAAAUGUUUUACUACGCAAACGUUCAGUAUUUGGUCUUAAAAAUAAGGCGAACAUGCUCCGUUGUUUCAGUGUAGGGAGUUUCUAUAACGGCGAAUAACGGUCCACUAUGCGUGUUCGCACUUCGCUCAAGUUGCUCUUCUGUGUUUGGAUUGCGAUUAAAGUUCAGUGUUACGAGGACGACAAAUGUCCGCGAAAAGAACUCCCUCCUGGUGUGUUAGCGUUGACCGCUGGCCGAGAGGUCGUCCUGAGGUGUCGUGGUGAUGUUAUUAUGGAUGGAGAGCUUUUGACACCCGCUGCUGGAACAAACCAAAGAAUUAACAUACGGGUGACAAGAGCACCCUCUGGACCGUACCAAGGAGACACGAGGGACAAUAUUACUGCUGGACCAUACCAAUCUGAAAUAAGGAUUGGAUCACCAAAUGACACAAAAAUAAAUAUCAGUCCUACUGAUAAAGGGAAAACAGUUACAGCGGGUGAAAUGACUAAGAAUGCCACUGAGGACCAAACCACUGCGUUUCCUAACAGAUUAUACGAACACAAAGACGAUACCACGAUAACCAUGGAGACCUCAAAUAUGCUUCUAAUGGAUGAUGAUGAUCAUGAUGAUUAUGACGAUGAUGAUGAUGAUUAUCAAUAUGAGAAGGCGGGGCAUAGGGUGACGAGGGGAAUCAAGAGGCCAGCGCGGUGGACUUUUAACGGUAAACCCGUACGAGAGGGUGUGGAAAAAGGGGCUUUGAAACUUCCUCACCUUCAGUUGUCUCAUACAGGAAACUACAGCUGUUACAGAGGAGAGAGGUUGGUUUCUUCAGUCCGAAUCAGUGUAGGAGUUCCUCCAGAGAAGCCCAGUGUAUCAUGCUACAGAAGGUCUCAUACCAGCAAGAUCCGCUGUGAUUGGAUAUCCAGUCAGCCUUUGAUCCCGAAACCUGAAUGCAAACUUCUGCUGAGAAAAGGGCAUCUGGGCGAGAAGUUCUCCAGUGUGCCAUGUUCCUACUCUGUUUCGAGGUCUCGCUGUUGGUGUGUGCUACCUCCUUUAGAGGAGGGGGACCGAACGCAACACGCAGCCAUGCUCUGUGUCAGCAACACAGUCGGCAAUGUCACCAGCCCCUACCUGACAUUCACACCACAGAACAUUAUUAAGCCAGACCCUCCUUCCAGAGUGAAGGUGAGUGCAGUGCAGGGCCAGAAUCAUGCACUCCUGGUAUCUUGGUCUUACCCUUCCACCUGGAGACAGGGCUUCUACUACCUCAAUUUUCAAAUGAAGUACCACCCACAACAUUCAGAAAAGUAUCAGACAGUGGAGACAGGUAUUAUCUAUCAGUCUGUGUGGAAGAUUGAAGAUGCAGUGCCACACGUGCAGUAUGUGGUGCAGUUACGAGCUAAGGAUGAGUUUGAUGGUCACUGGAGUGAGUGGUCUGAACCCGUGUAUGCAGAGACCUGGACAGCUCCUGAGCCCACAAUACCUUCGGACUUCGAAAUAAGUCCGGAUCCAUUUUGGAUCUACUCUGAAGGGUCUGGGAUGCCUCAGGACAUUGAAGGUUCAGGUAUAACUGUUGACCAAGUGGGAAGUAAGGGUUCUGGUCACGGUUUGAUCUGGUUUCCUGGGAUUUGGAUGUUUACAUCCUGUUUGAUUGUCGCUGUCUCACUUCUCUCCAUCUACACCUUAAGACGCAGAGUGCGUUUGCUUUUGAAAUUGGGGAAACUGAGCUCAGUGUGUCCAUGUACCCCUUCCGUACCUCCUCCUCCCCCGCAGCAGCCUGCGGAUGAGGGGAAGUCCCUGAUGUCAAGGGAGGGUCUUGAGCUCAGUCAAAAGAACAGCCACUGCGAAGAGGGGGGAGAGGAGGAGGCCAUAGAGGUCAUUCACCUUCACAAUAUGGGUUAUUUCCUUUCAUAAAGAGACUGAAUGUAGUGUCAUAUGGACUGUGGAACUUUUAGGGACAGUGACAGUUGCUGGACAGUGUCUUUCAAAACAUGUGAAUACAUACACUCACGCACAUACAAACAUGUGCUCAUGUACAUUUGUUAAAAGUUACGGAAAAGGUAACUUGCAAUCUGAGAUUAAACAAGAGUCAAAAGGUACUCUCUCUCUCUCUGUCCCUCUCUCUCUCUCUCUCUCUCUCUCUCUCCCUCUCUCUCACUGUAUCUCUCUCAGGGAUCUCACAGUUUUGAGCCAAGUAGCAUUCUAACUGUUAUACACUGGUUAUGAGCACUCAUUUUUUUGUGUGCUGUGAAUGCAGAUCCAUAGAAUGCUAUAUUUAGGAGUGCUAAGAUGAAUAAGUCAUCUGAAAAUGCAUAUGCCAAGACUUUGUUUUUAGUUUUACAUUUCUGUUUGUCGCAUUAGAGCUAUACCGGGUCAAAUGAGGUGACUUUGAAUGUAAAUUCACUUUGAAUGUAAAUUUGCUUUACACAUUUUUAUUAUUCUUUUUUUUUUCUUUUUCUUUUGGAAUGAAAGCUCUUCUCCUGAUACAUGUAUGGUCUAAAGACACAAUUGCAGGUGCACCCAUAUUAACAGACAUGUGGGUGUAACUGUGAACCUCAUAUUUCGUCAGUCUCCCACUUGUUUUUGCUGUGAAGUUGUGUAGAAGUUGAUAGGCAGGGUUAUCAGUUAGACACUGAAUGGCAAAUGUGUUAAAUUGUGCGUUACUGACUUAAUGCAUGCUGGGAACUAAAGUCUUUGACUUAAAGGACAUGGUUAAAUGAAUGUUUUAGCCUAUACAAAGCUCCGUCAAGAUGCAGCUAAAUGAUAAGAUUAUAAGAUAUCACACACAAACACA